GGAGUGCAAUGCUCUUAAGCCACCGGACACGGUUUGAUUUUGAUGCCUGUUGCCACACCUUCUUCGUAUCUCACUAGGCUAAACCUCGGUUGAGAAAAAUGUGCCUGGACAGGGUAGUUACCCAUCAAUUCCGCUUACUAAGCGGAGCCAAAGUCAAGUUAGUUAAUUAACUAUGGGAAUGCGGCUCCUCGAUGUUGAUCAACCUUCUUGUUAGCCCAUAGUUGGUAAAUUCUUCGUUGCACAAUUCGAGCAGUGAUGCCAAACACACCAAGCAGGGAUAGUUGUCAUCGAAUAGUUACCUUGCCAAUCUUGGCAAGGGAGCUUACGAAACUGAGCACUAGCCGUGCCACAUUGAAGACAAGGCUCUGGCCCCCUCCCCUCUAGACGAGGCUGCAGAAAAGUCCAACUACCAAUACUCUCUUAAAUUAUGUCCACCUCCCCUCUAGACGAGGCUACAGAAAUAUCAAACUACCUCAACAGCACUCUCUCAGCAAAUCAUGUCCAAGUUCAGGGUUGUCAUCGUGGGGGGAAGUGUUGCUGGUUUAACUCUGGCGAACAUCCUUGAGCGAUACAAGAUCGAUUAUGUCGUCGUUGAAAAACAUGCCACCAUUGCACCCCAGCUCGGUGCGAGCAUUGCGACGCUUCCGCACGGAGCCAGAAUUCUGGAUCAGCUUGGUCUUUUCUCUCGAGUAGAGGAUGUAUCAAUGCCGGUGGAUGACAAUGAGAAUUUCGGCCCUGGUGGGGUCGCACUGGGCCCGACUGAGCCACUUGGUGAUUUUCUGGAAGAAUUGCUCGGCUACCGAAUGCGAUUUAUGGAUCGACAGCAGUUACUUCAAGUUCUGUUCGAUGGGAUUCGGGAUCAAUCCAAGAUAUUAACGAAUGGUGAAUGCGUCAAAAUUGUGGAUCUGGAAGAUGGCGUGCAAGUUGCCCUCAAGGAUGGUUCCAUUAUCCAUGGAGAUCUCUUGGUUGGAGCAGAUGGAGUGCAUAGCCGUAUGAGGGGUGAGAUCUGGAGAAUCGCCGGUUCUGAGACAUCAGAUUAUCCUGUCUCGGAGUUGAGUCGAUCCAUUCAAUGCCAAUACAAAUGUAUGUUUGGCAUAUCAAAGCGUGUCCAAGGAAUUCCGGAUAAGAAAUCCUUCAAAUGCUACCACAAGGGUCGGUCUUAUUUGUGUUCUAGCGGUCAGGAUGGCAAGUUCUAUUGGUUCGUUUUUGUCAAAACCCCUGAAAUCACCGUCCAUACCACCAUCCCUCGAUACACGACCCAGGAUGCGGAGGAUCUGGCGGCUGAAAUCGUUGAUGAUCCCCUUUUCCAGGAUGUCACCUUCAAGGAUCUCUACAAGAAUCGUAUGAGCUGCGUCCUUGUACCGCUUGAGGAGUUCGUUUUGGAAACAUGCUUCUAUAAGCGAGCUAUCUUGAUUGGAGACUCGUUUCACAAGGUAUUGACCCCCUAUUUCGCUUGUUAGAUAUAGCUGACAAUUUGACAGAUGAACCCCCUUCUGGGCCAUGGCGGUAACUCCGCUAUAGAGUCAGCCGGCCUUUUGGCCGAUCUCUUGAAGGGCACACUUGACAAGAAUUCAUAUCCAGACAACGACAUAGUUCAACAGAUCUUUCUGAAAUUUCAAGAGGAGAGACGUCCUAGGACGACUCACCUUAUGGGAACAACGAAAAAGGUGCAACAGAUGGAAAUCCUGGAGAGCCCGAUCCUAGAGUUUCUACAGCUCAAGUUUUUCGGGCAACUUGGCGGAGAAUAUCUUGGUCCCCAGUUAGCAGUUUCUUCAACCUCGGCUCAUACUUUGAAAUAUUUGCCAAAGACGUAUAGACGCGGGGUGGUACCACUGGAUGAAGAAAUCAAGGCAAAUCCUCACGACCGACGUGCUAUUGCCACUGCCCUAUGGAUGGGCGUGAUGCUACUAAUUGCUUUAUGUGGCCGACUUCUAUCUCGAUACUUGGUUCUCGUACCGAGCCCACAUUCUACCGUCCCUGAAGCAUUGGCAAAUUAUCUCUUUGUCACUGCCGUUUCGAUCAACGGACUAUGGAUAGUUGAGUCUUAUCGCUCAAGUUUGCUUUUUUCGCCUCUAUUCAG